UAUACUACAUGGGGAGAGCUGGUGCUUCUGCCAAUCAAUCUGACAGGAAUCUUCGCUCCAGCUUCUCCCCCUUGCUCAACGGGAUGAUGUACUACGUGAAUUGUUCUUGUGUGCCGUCCGAAGCGGGCGGUCCGAUCUGCCACACCGACACCUGCGAGUUCAGGCAACUGCCAAUAAGUUGUGUUGAUGCCAUCACGACAGCUUCUCCAGAUCCGAGUCGAAACCAACUCAUAACUGUCGUGAGCCACCCUGGCCCGCUGGUCCCGAUGGCUGCUCCAGGCUUGCAGUCGACUGAGGCCGUCCCGACCGGUGCAAGGAUAAUUUUCCAACCGUCUCCGGGGCCGGUCGGUAGCUUGCCUCGUGAACCUGUAGACGGCUCGACAGAUACGAGCAGAGCCGAGGGCGAAUAUCGCGAGCAAGUCGCUUCGCCGGAGGAGAACAGUCCUGGACAUACGAAACUUGUUCUCGAUUGGAGUGAAUCACACGUCAAGGUAUUAUUGGAACUCUACGAAAAGGAAAGACCGAAGUUUCUUACCAAGGGGCUCGUGAGGAAAAGAUUGUGGGGGGAAAUUGCUCAAAAAGUCAAUAGAAUCACGGGACUGCAAUUGCAAGGCUUCCACUGCGAGAACAAGUGGAAAGUCCUGAUGAGAGGAUAUCGUCGAGCGGAGAAGGACUUCGGAGCGGCAGGAGUUGACGAGGAACAAUUCAAAAAAGCACAUCCCUUGUUCGAGCAGAUAAGGACCAUUCUCUCCAAGGAUCCGAUUGAUGAAUAUGCCGUCACAGCGAGAGAUGUUCAAAAAUUGUCAAGGGAAUCUCGAAUGGUGUGGAGACCCCAAGACACGAAGAGUUUGUUGAACCAUUACGGGAACUUCCGCAAGCGGCAGAAAAAUCCGAACUUGACGCUCAUGUCCUGGGAGAGGAUCGCGCGAUUGAUCCGCCAGGAUAUUCCGAGCUUCGCAAUGAGUGGAUCCCAUUGUUAUUCAAGGUUUCGCUUCCUGCGCAUCAAAUAUCAGCGUGCGAUGCUCUUAUGCAAAGACGAGACUUCCCGAUGGCCUCACUGUCCCAUGUUCAAUGAGCUGCACGCUGUACUACGGGAGGACCCCCUGCCCUCUGAGGUUCCGCUCACUCCGAGUCAAAUUGCCAAAAAAAAGAAAGAAAGACGCGCGAACGAGCCCGAUGAUGAAGAAAGGAACGACGGUUUCGGGCUCCCAUCGGUGAUUCAACUCGAACCCACUUCGAGGAAACCUCAAGAAGAGUUUACGGCUUAUCUGGCGAAACUGGUCGAUGGUCUUGCAGUCAGUCUGAAAGAUCGAGCGAUGCAGGACAUCCUGGGCUAUGUCUUCAAUUUCCGAAAGAAGAUUCGACUCGCUAAAUCUGCGAAGAUCCCAGGAGCAGCUGCAAGCUGACAGUUUUCACACCGAGUCCUCCCGCCGAUUUUCGACGCAGUCUGGAAUAGAUCUGUAGAACUGUGGUGUUCGAGCCAUCGAGGUUCUGGUCUGCUGGUGAUUCUGAUGCUGAGAUUGGCGGAGGAAUUCGCCGGAAUACAAAUACGCACAAUAAAGUGGAAUUGCG